CGCACACUGCGCUUUAAGCUCUCAGGGGCAAGGGAAGAACACCGACUUGUACCGGUCGAUUAGCGCAUACCCAGCGAUACGCCGAGGCAAUUAGCUUCAACUGACGCCUAGAUUCUAGCAUAACAAUGCAGACGUUGAAUCAUCCAGCUCGGCAUUGCCCUCGGGCUUUCUCCCACGGGACUCAGCGGCGGAUUUCCUGCCGGGCGAACGGCCCUUCCGUAGCGACCCUCUCGACUCGUGUCUCAUCGAGCAAACUACCAAGCCUUCCGGUCCUCGACAAUGCCUACGAAUCGAAAGUUGCCUUCACGGAGUUCGCCAACUGGCUUAUCCCCGGCUCGGUGAUGCUGGGCCGUUACCCCUAUGUGGAGCCCAGCCGCUGCCUGCGCCGUGAGCAGGGCGAGGUGCAGCUGAAGCGGAUCCUGGAGACCGGCAUCACCACCUUUGUCAGCCUGCAGGCUGAGCUGCCUCCCCAGGACAAGAUGACGCUGGCCGGCAAGAAUGGCUUCCUGCCGUACAAGGCCACCGCCGACUUGGUGCGCGCCUCCUUGAACGGGCCGCCGCCCAUGGAGAUUGUGGAGGGCCUGCGCAACCCAUCACUCGACAAGUUCCUGCCGACGCGGAAGCGCAAGGGCGUGGAGUACCACCCGGUGGAGCUGCAGUUCUGCCACAGCCCCAUCGAGGACCUGGGCAUCCCGGCCGCGGGGCCGCUCAGGGACCUCAUUUCGGACCUGGAGUCGCGCCUGGCUGCCGGCGAGAAGCUGUACGUGCACUGCUGGGGCGGCCGCGGGCGGGCCGGCACCGUGGGCGCGUGCCUGCUGGCCAGCCUGUACGACCUGCCCGCCGCCGAGUGCCUGGAGCGGGUGCAGCGGGCCUUCGACACGCGGCAGGACGGCGGGCGGCGCAGCCCCGAGACGGAGGAGCAGGUGGCGUUCGUGGAGAGCUACGUGCGCGCACUCAAGCAGUGAGCGCACGGCCGGAGCGGGAGGCGGUAGCAGCCGAGUGGAGUGGUGGGUGACCUGACAACCGUGGCGAAGCCUGCGCGGCUGCGGCAAGGUUCGCGGGGGCUGGGUGUAGGGUUCAUCGCCCAGAGUGUGACGGUGCGCUGCACCGGCGAAGGGGGAAACGGCGCGGCAGGUCUGCAGGCAGCGGAUGGCGCAAGCGAGCAUGAAUGGUAUACCCUCGCGCGUGCACUGGUGUGCGUCCUUGUGCGGUUUUGCGAUGUCCUCUUUUGUCCCUGUUGUUUUAUUAUAACGAAACGUUAUUCUUUUUGUUGUGUGGAUGUGAUGAAUCGGUAAUGCAGUGGGCAUCACGGCAAGGCCCUGACGGUGGCGAGGGAGAUGGGCACGGGGGAGGCCGGUUGCGGGCAGGGGUUGGCCGCUGGCGCAUGUGGCACAGGAACACGGUAACUGCAAUCGCUGAUAGGACUAUCCAAGGCCUGUUUCAUCUUGAAUGUCCAUCGCAUGGAGUUCUUUGGUAGAAGGAUCUGGUGCUGAAGGUUGGUUGGAGGCUAAGGUUAGGCUGACCUGGACCGGGCGUGGCGUGCCUCGUGGGCCUGUCACGGUUGAGCCUGGAGGUUCUUUCCCUGGAUUCAGGUCUGGGGACUGACGGGUCAAGAGUAUUCAGAACACCUCAUUUCAUGGUUGUGUGCAUGCCUUCUUGGAAGCAGUGAAGUGAAAAUCCAGUCAUCC